AUGUCGCACAAAGACCAUUCAUUUGCACCUUCUGUUCGAAAUGUUUCAAGCGAAGCGACGUCCUUCGAGCACAUCAGUUCCGAUGCAAAGAGCGGGGGGAAGCACCGGUCCCUAAGGGUCAGAGCAAAGGCAGGAAAAGGUCCUCGUGCCUUUCCUUCAAGUCCCCACCAGGUACAGGAGCCGGCGAGACUGAAGGGUCGAGAGGCGAUACCCAUCCAUCAUCUCCUCAAUGCUCCUGAGGGCGACGGAUUUACCGAACGGUUUCCCAUUCGCGAUCAUCCGGAAGGCCCGGUCGGGGAAGAGGAUGAGACGACGAUGGGUGAAGCAGAGGAUUCUUCCGAAGCCUCGCAUUGGAGCGAGGACUACGAACCAAACGACGUCUUCAUCGGGGCCGAGAUGCCCGACUUUGACACGGCCUUCGACAGCUUCCUGGGAGGAAUCGAAACCAUGACUUUCGGCUCCUUCCCUUUGCAACACGACCUGUCACAGGUGAUUAGCGGUGGUGAAGUCUCGUCUCCGACAGCCUUGAGCCUUGAGCCGCGUGCAUUCGAAAUCCGGCAGCUCUUGAUCGGGACGGCGUCCAGAUAUGCCAUGGAAUACCCAGAAGAUCCAAACACACCGCAUCUGGGCCCGGCCAUCCAGCGACUCACCCACACGGAAAUAGACCAUUGCAUCAACUUGUAUUUCACCAACUAUCAUCCUCAUUGCCCUAUACUACAUCGGCCAUCCUUCCGGCCCACCGUGGCUCCAAUCCCUCUACUCCUGACGACCGCCGCUCUGGGCGCCAUGUACUCGCCAGACCCGGGGAAGGUGGUGUGGAUGAAAAGUUUGUUCGACGUCAUGGAGGUAUAUAUCUUCGGCUUGCCCGGCCUGAGGGAUGAAGCCCCGGGCAGCUUCAUGCUUACAGAGGCGCCGGACGAGGAGACUCUCGACUAUCAAUUCCAGGUCUUCCAAGGAGCAUACCUGAUGGUGGUCAUGCAAUUCUUCUCCGGGAACUUGGCCGGCCGAAGGAGGUCAAGGCGGCAAAGAUUCUGCACCAUCUUGAGUAUUGCUAGAUCCUUCGGGCUUCCCACUGCACAGCACGCCAGGGCUGGGGUCAUUUCAGACGAGACGUCGUUCCAACGCUGGGUGCGGAACGAAACCCGGAUUCGGACGAUGAAUAUCAUCCUGGCCUUGGAUUCAGGCAUGGGAAUCUUCCAUAACGUACCUCCGCGGGUCAGUUUUGGCGAACUGGAUCUGCAGCUACCCUGUCAUCCGGAAUACUUUGACCUGGCCAGUUAUGCGGAGAUGCUGCAACGAUCUUUAUGCCCCCACCCUCGAAUGAAAUUGAUCGAUGCCUUUCAGCGGCUUUUCACGCAGCCGGACGAGCUCAUGUCUGCAUAUCAACCCGAAACCUUGUGUUGUUGGGACAUGCUUUAUUUGAUUCACGUGCUAUUUACAUACUGCUGGCAGCACCUCCUGGGAACCCCCCUGAACCGGUUAUCACCCGCCACCCUCGGCAGCGUGCCAUCCCACCUGUUUGAACCGAUGAAGACGGCUCUAACCAACUGGAAGACAUUGUGGGACGAAGCGCGUGCCAGCCUGUCACGGUCCGCGGUGCGAGAAAUCGGGUUCGAGACCUCGGCCGAUAGCUAUUGGACCCUUACCAGGCUGAUAGUGCAGAAAUUCGAAGCUGCAACUGAGAAUGUGACAGAGUCUCGCACCGACAGUGGCAGUGGCGGUGGCAGCGGCAGCGGCAUCCAAGGCCGCGAUCCUCCCAUCAUGGCGUCGACCGGGUAUGGAGGGGGCAUCGGAACGUCGAGAGUCGGCCUGGACUUCAUGCCCCUCCAAGUAGACUGUGACAGUCAAGGUGCGCAUCUGAGGAGGAUUCUCGGCAGAUAG